AAAAGAAAAAAGAAAUAUUCACAAACUUAAAACCCAAUACUGAAUCAUAUUUACAACAUAAUACAUCUGUACUUACCAAAUACACUUUUGAUAACUCUUACCAAAAAUAUCCCAAAAAAGAUAAUUAA